AUGUCCAACAGGAGCAGGUACACCCAGCAGAUCUCUGAAGAUUUGGGCAGCGAGAAGUUCUGCGUGGAUGCCAAUCAGGCGGGGGCCGGCAGCUGGCUCAAGUACAUCCGUGUAGCAUGUUCCUGUGAUGACCAAAACCUUGCCAUGUGUCAGAUCAACGAACAGAUUUACUAUAAAGUCAUUAAGGACAUCGAGCCUGGAGAGGAGCUGUUGGUACAUGUGAAAGAAGGUGCCUACUCCUUGGGUGUCAUGGCCCCCAGCCUGGAUGAGGAUCCCACGUUCCGCUGCGACGAGUGUGAUGAGCUCUUCCAGUGCAGGCUGGACCUGAGACGCCAUAAGAAGUAUGCAUGCAGCUCUUCAGGGGCCCCGCUCUACGAGGGCCUAGGGGAGGAGCUCAAGCCUGAGGGCCUUGGCGGGGGCAACGAUGGGCAAGCCCAUGAAUGCAAGGACUGCGAGCGGAUGUUCCCCAACAAAUACAGCUUGGAGCAACACAUGAUUGUUCACACGGAAGAGCGUGAGUACAAAUGUGACCAGUGUCCCAAGGCCUUCAACUGGAAGUCCAACCUCAUCCGCCACCAGAUGUCUCACGACAGUGGCAAGCGCUUCGAAUGUGAAAACUGCGUCAAGGUGUUCACAGACCCCAGCAACCUCCAGCGUCAUAUCCGCUCACAGCACGUCGGUGCCCGGGCUCAUGCCUGCCCUGACUGCGGCAAGACCUUUGCCACAUCCUCCGGCCUCAAACAGCACAAGCAUAUCCACAGCACGGUGAAGCCAUUCAUAUGUGAGGUCUGCCACAAGUCAUACACGCAGUUCUCCAACCUGUGCCGGCACAAGCGGAUGCACGCCGACUGCAGAACGCAGAUCAAGUGCAAGGACUGUGGGCAGAUGUUCAGCACUACCUCCUCCCUCAACAAGCACCGGAGAUUCUGCGAGGGCAAGAACCAUUACACGCCGGGCGGCCUCUUCACCCCAGGCCUGCCCUUGACCCCCAGCCCCAUGAUGGACAAGACGAAGCCCUCCCCGGCCCUCAACCACGGGGGCCUAGGCUUCAGCGAGUACUUCCCCUCCAGACAUCAUCCUGGGAGCCUGCCCUUCUCGGCUGCCCCUCCGGCCUUCCCCACGCUCACACCAGGCUUCCCGGGCAUCUUCCCUCCAUCCUUGUACCCACGACCACCUCUGCUACCUCCCACACCGCUGCUCAAAAGCCCCCUGAACCACGGGCAGGACGCCAAGCUACACAGCCCCCUGGGAAACCCAGCCCUGCCCCUUGUCUCUGCGGUCAGCAACAGCAGCCAGGGCGCCACAGCGGCCUCGGGGCCGGAGGAGAAAUUCGAUGGCCGCCUGGAAGACUCAUACGUGGAGAAGGUCAAAAACAGGAGCCCUGACAUGUCGGAUGGCAGUGACUUCGAGGAUAUUAACACCACAACCGGGACAGACUUGGACACCACCACCGGCACAGGGUCGGACCUGGACAGCGACCUGGACAGUGACAGAGACAAAAGCAAGGACAAAGGGAAGCCAGCAGAGAGCAAACCUGAGUUUGGGGGUGCAUCGGUGCCCCCCGGGGCCAUGAACAGUGUGGCCGAGGUACCGGCCUUCUAUUCACAGCAUUCCUUCUUCCCGCCUCCCGAGGAACAGCUGCUGACAGCCUCGGGGGCUGCGGGCGACUCCAUCAAGGCCAUUGCGUCCAUCGCAGAGAAGUACUUCGGUCCCGGCUUCAUGAGCAUGCAGGAGAAGAAGCUGGGCUCGCUACCCUACCACUCCGUGUUCCCCUUCCAGUUCCUGCCUAACUUCCCCCACUCUCUCUACCCCUUUACGGACCGAGCCCUCGCCCACAACUUGCUGGUCAAGGCUGAGCCAAAGUCACCCCGGGAUGCCCUCAAGGUGGGCGGCCCCAGUGCGGAGUGCCCCUUCGACCUCACCACCAAACCAAAAGAGGCCAAACCUGCCCUGCUCACACCCAAGGUCCCCCUCAUGCCCUCGUCUGGCGAGGAACAGCCGCUGGACCUGAGCAUCGGCAGCAGGGCCCGGGCGAGCCAAAACGGAGGCAGCCGUGAACCCCGGAAGAACCACAUCUACGGCGAACGCAAGCCGGGGGUUGGCGAGGGGCUGCCUAAGGUGUGCCCAGCACAGCUACCCCAGCAGCCUUCCCUGCACUACGCCAAGCCCUCACCCUUCUUCAUGGAUCCCAUCUACAGCAGGGUAGAAAAGCGGAAGGUGGCAGACCCCGUGGGAGUCCUGAAAGAGAAGUACCUGCGGCCGUCCCCACUGCUGUUCCACCCCCAGAUGUCAGCCAUAGAAACCAUGACGGAGAAGCUGGAGAGCUUUGCAGCCAUGAAGGCCGACUCAGGCAGCUCCCUGCAGCCCCUGCCUCACCACCCCUUCAACUUCCGCUCCCCACCCCCAACGCUCUCAGAUCCCAUCCUCAGGAAGGGCAAGGAGAGAUACACGUGCAGGUACUGUGGCAAGAUCUUCCCCAGAUCUGCAAAUCUCACAAGACAUCUGAGGACACACACGGGGGAACAGCCAUACAGGUGCAAGUACUGUGACCGGUCAUUCAGCAUCUCCUCCAACCUCCAGCGGCACGUGAGGAACAUCCACAACAAAGAGAAGCCGUUCAAGUGCCAUUUGUGCAACCGCUGCUUCGGGCAGCAGACCAACCUAGACCGGCACCUGAAGAAGCACGAACACGAAGGUGCACCAGUGAGCCAGCACUCCGGGGUGCUCACGAACCACCUGGGCACCAGCGCCUCCUCCCCCACCUCCGAGUCGGACAACCAUGCACUUUUAGAUGAGAAGGAAGAUUCCUACUUCUCCGAGAUCCGAAACUUCAUCGCCAACAGCGAGAUGAACCAGGCGUCCGCUCGAAUGGACAAACGGCCUGAGGUCCAAGACCUAGACGGCAACCCGCCGUGUCCAGGCUCCGCCAGUGCAAAGCAGGAGGACGUAGAGGAGGAGGAGGAGGAGGAGCUGGAGGAAGAGGAUGAUGACAGCUUAGCCGGGAAGUCACAGGAGGACACAGUGUCCCCCACACCUGAGCCCCAAGGAGUCUAUGAAGAUGAAGAGGAUGAGGAACCACCCAACCUGACCAUGGGCUUUGACCAUACCCGAAGGUGUGUUGAGGAGCGAGGAGGCGGCCUGUUAGCUUUGGAGCCGACGCCGACCUUUGGGAAGGGGCUGGACCUCCGCAGAGCAGCUGAGGAAGCAUUUGAAGUUAAAGAUGUGCUUAAUUCCACCUUAGAUUCUGAGGUCUUAAAACAAACCCUGUACAGGCAGGCUAAGAACCAGGCAUACGCAAUGAUGCUGUCCCUCUCUGAAGACACUCCUCUUCACGCCCCCUCCCAGAGCUCACUGGAUGCUUGGUUGAACAUCACGGGACCCUCGUCGGAGUCCGGAGCCUUUAACCCCAUCAACCACCUCUGAGGACCUGGAGGCCCCAGGGCCAGAGUUCAAAGCCAGGGUACCAGCUGUGGGAGACAGAGAAGGGGCCAGGGAGCAGCCCCCCACCCCCGACACCUUCUGCCUCAACUCUGCUUCCAACCCCAGCCGCCAUGGCUCAAGCCCAGCUUCUCCAAUGAUACUCAGAACCCGAAGGUCCCUCGAGUAGCCGCUGACUUUCAACACCUCUCAGACCUGGCCUCAAGGACAUGAUCUGCAGUGGGUGCGGCGCACGGCCACCCAGGAGCUGCUCGCAGGAGCUGUGGAUCAGAAAACUCAUGGGCGAGGGUGGGGGGUCUCCAUCCUGGCAGGAGCCAAUUGGCCACCUCCGGGCCGCCACCUGGUAUGAAUGAAGAGAUGGGAAAGAAGUGGGCAAGUGCUAUGGAGAGAGACCUCGUGAAUGAUUUUUAUAACAAGAAUCACAUGAUUAACCCUUUUGGUAAUCUUAAUUGACUAUAGAGUCUAUUUAAAAGCAUGUGGGUUUUAAAAAAAAAUAGACAGUAUUUUUUUAAAAAAAAUCAGAAAAAUGACUUGCAAAAUGUUUUUUUAAAAGUAAUUUUGCAUUGCUUUGGAAUGUUGGCUUAUUGGCAAACCCACACCUGCCGGGGCACGAGCGCGGCUCGGGUGUGCCCUUUAUAAUGUAGAUAAUGGAGACUUUCUUUCUUAUCUCUGACCUGUUUGUACAAGCCAAGGUGAUUCUGGUGCGCCCGACACAGGAUAGGGGCAUGGGAGCCACUCGGCUGAACAGGACGCUGACUACACAAGAAUCCUUGGACAUGGUGCCUGGCUGAAGGUUUGCAGAGGCCGGGACAGCGAGGUUGCCUUGCCCUGUAUGGUCUGCAGAGGAAUCCACGGGUCCCACCCAAGACACCCCAAUUGUGUGGGGAAGUCGGGAGCUAGUGGCUCAGGUCUUCCAUGCCGGACACCUAAGGGUCUUCCCCUUUCAGCAGCCCUAGCCUGGUCUUGACUGCUGCUCUUCUGAAGGCCAUAUCCAGGCCUCCAGCCUUCAACCCUCCCCAACCCUGGCAGUCUGAUGCCCUCCCCAUGGCCACCAAGUGUGGAAAGCCUGCUCCUCCACUCCAGGACACCAAGUACUACCUGUGCCUAAGACUCCAGAUCAGCCGCGUAGCCGCCAUUUCUGCUCUCUGUGUGGGUUCCUGGCGAGGUGAGGUCAGGAACAGGAGGAAGAUCCAGGGGACCCUGCCACAGCAAAGGACAGAGACAGUACAGACACCAGGACCGGAUGCCUCACUCCCUUGGGACAGUCGGGACGUGUCUACUUCUCUGCUCGGAUGGGCUUUAAAUUAUCCCAUAGGGGCCAACUUCAAAUAAUUUCUUUCCCUGAUGGAAUUUCCCUUAAUCUGUAUAUAGCUUGUAAUUUUUUUCUAAUUCAUUUCUUUCCUUAUUUUAUUUCUUCCUUAACAGUAUUUUUUGGCAUUGGACAACUUUUCCUGAAGAAAUGAUGUUAAUAUAAGUAUGUGGUGAAGGACCAAAACCGUGUGAUAAGGUCGUGUGCUGUGUGAUCGGUGCCCAGGGAGUGGGGCGGUUGUUAAUGUGCCAAAUACCCCUGUGUCCCUCCCUCCAGGAGUCCCGCGGUCACCGCCGCCCACUUACCAGACAAUCAUAUGAUUUUUGUUAAAUUUGAGUCUCAGUUACAUUUUAAGACAAGUGUUCUAUUUAUUUUGUUGUUCGGAAAGAGAAAAACAAAAAAACAAAACAAAAAAAAACAAAA